AUGCCAAACAGCCUGAGCGAAAUCACUCUCGCUGUCACGCAGCCACCGCAAGAUGAUCAUGGUUGGAGACGGAUUGUUCGUGGUUUUACUCCUUCUAUGUUCUCGAUAACCAUGGGAACUGGUGUGGUGGCAAUUUUGAUACAUCAAAUGCCGUACAAUAGCAGCUGGACGAACUAUCCCUGUUAUAUUGUGUUCGGACUCAAUGUCCUGAUAUUCGUUAGCGCCUUGUUAAUAUCCAUCUUGCGGUAUGCUCUGUGGCCUGAGCUGUGGCCAGCGAUGAUCAAUCACCCGACGCAUUCUCUGUUCUUGGGAUGUUUCCCCAUGGGUCUUGGAACCAUCGUUAACCUGAUCGUGCUGGUCUGCGUUCCGGCAUGGGGACGCUGGGCGGCGACAAUGGCGUGGGCCCUUUGGUGGAUCGAUGCUGCUCUUGCGGUAACCAUUUGUUGCUCAGUCGCAUUUCUGAUGAUCUCGGUUCAUGAAGUGACCCCUGAGAAAUUGACUGCCGCAUGCUUGCUACCUGCUGUCAGUUGUCUUGUUGCUGCAUCAACUGGUGGUCAAGUCGCGCAAAUGGAGGCCCUCCAAGCGCAUGAGGCACUUUGGACAUUGCUUACCUGCUAUUGCUGCUGGGCAAUUGGCUUCUUUGUCGGGCUGAUGAUACUAUGCAUCUACUUUUACAGAUUAUUGUUGUUCAAGCUUCCAUCGCAGGAAGUCGUUGUUAGCGUUUUCUUGUCUUUGGGACCACUCGGACAAGGAAGCUUCGGAAUUUUACAAUGCGGAAAAGCUGCAAAGAUGAUCUUCCCAAAACUCACUGUAUUGCCAUCUGAGGCUGGCACCAUUCUCUACGUCAUGGGCCUCAUCAUGGGUCUUGUCAUCUGGGCCAUGGCAAUCCCAUGGAUGUGUUUCGCUGUAGGAUCUGUCCUUCGUUUGAAGUUCAGAUUUCCUUUCAACAUCGGCUGGUGGGCUUUCUUGUAUCCAGUUGGUGGUGUUGCGUCAGCAACAAUAACAUUGAGUGCCGAGCUGGACUCUGCAUUCUUCGGCGUCGUUGCAGAAGUUCUUACUGCAAUCAUCGUCCUCGUCUGGAUCAUCUGCUUCGUGGGAACCAUUCGAGGAGCAUUCACAGGGGAGCUAUUCCCCAAACCAGGUGUUUGCGAGCUUCGUCCGGAUUCAGGCGCAAAGGUAAAUCAAUCCGAUGCUUCAAAAACAAGAGCAACAAGAAUAAAUACUGAUCAUUGCAACGAAUAG